AUGGCGAAGGAAUUUCAGGGUGAAAUUUGUGGCGGUGGAAGCUGGUGGAGUUCAUCGAGAACUGCAUUUGGUUCUUCACCGUGUUCAAUCGCAAUCAACGGUGUAGGAAGCUUUGGAUGGCCAAGUGAUCAUCGUACUCAUAUGAUGAACAUGAAGAGUACAAGAUCUGGUGAUGAUGAGUCCGGUUCAGCUUCUGAUGGCUCUAUUGUUCUUCAAGAAACGCAGAAACCAGACUCAAUCUUACAAAUGAUGGGAAUUACCCUUUCACCAUCCACAACAACUGAUAAUUGGAAUCAAGAUUUACUGAAUGAUAAUGGAACUUCUCAAGGAAAUUAUUUCCAUAUGCUAGAAGAAGACCUCAAUUCCAGCAUGAAUUGUUCGCAUCAAUUUGGGCUCGACUGUCCUCAAAUCCGGAAGGACUGGAGUUCAAGAAACUUUUCUGGUGUUCUUGAAGAUUCGUACAUGAACUCACUCGAACAAAUAAAUCAGGGUUUUAAGCAGCAGUUUGACUCAAACACUAUCUCCAAUGUAUGCACUGCAACUAUUCAAGGUUUUUCGACGGGCUUGCCAUUGAAUUCAGCUUCAUACGGAUACACUUCAGCUUUGUUGCAGAGUUUACUGAAUACAGAUUCUCAGCCUCAACUAAACAACACGAAUAUGAACUAUAGGCCUUCUUCGCCAAAUCAACUGCCUACUAAUCCUUUGCAAUUCUCAAAUAGCACACCUUCCUGGACCGACGCUGCUGCGGCCUCAAAUGAUAUUCGACCAAACAUUUUUCCUUCCAUUAAAUCCCAGUUCAUGCCAUCAACUCUUGAUACGAAACCUAAUCUUCCCAACGUCACUUCAAAGGCUAACAAGAGACAAACGGCCCGAGACUUUAACUCAAUAGCAAAUAUAUCCAGCAAUGAACCUACAUUUAAACGUCCACGAAUUGAAACACCAUCGCCAUUACCAACCUUUAAGGUCCGAAAAGAGAAGCUGGGGGACCGAAUAACUGCUCUCCAGCAGUUGGUUUCACCCUUCGGAAAGACGGAUACUGCAUCUGUUCUACAAGAAGCAAUUGAAUACAUCAAGUUUCUCCAUGAUCAAGUCAAUGUGUUGAGCACUCCAUACAUGAAAAAUAUACCUCCUCAGUUUGAACGCCAACAGGCUGCUGGUAAGCUUAAAGAACAAGAAGGGUGCAAACAUGACCUUAAAAGCCGGGGUCUUUGCAUUGUACCCAUAUCGAGUACCUUCCCAAUUGCAGCUGAGAAUACAAGUGAUUUUUGGACGCCAACAUUAGGAGGAAGAUUCAGGUAG